AUGGUGAGCGCGAUGGAGGGGGUGGUGUACGACCCGGCGGCUGACCGGUGGGGGGAGAUGCCGGCGGGGAUGCUGGCGGGGUGGAGGGGGCCGGCAGCGUCAAUGGCGGAGGAGACGGUUUACGUGGUUAACGAGGCGGCGGGGGUGCUGAGAAGGUACGACGGGGAAGGGGACGCGUGGCGGGACGUGGCGAAGAGCGGGCUGAUGAGGGGGGCGCAGAAGGUGGCGGCCGGCGGCGGGAGGGUGUGCGUGCUGUGCGGCGGCGGGGAGAAAAUCUUGGUGGUGGACGUGGCGGGGCGGCCUCCGGCGAGGAUGUGGGUGGAAGAUGUGCCGCCCGGGAUACAAGUGGUUGGGAUUCAUAUACUGCCAAGAUUAGUUAGCAGCUGA